AUGAGGAAGCCUCGAAUUAGAAUUAUGUUCUUUGGACUGACUGCAGGCCUUUGUCUUUUGAUCUUUGUUUACUUUGAAAAAAAUCCGACAGAAAACCAAGUCACAGAAACCAUGCAAAAUGAGUACAAUUCAUUUAUGAUCAAAUUCGAGAACUCAGAUGAUCCAUACACUGCGGAUCAGUCUGUGAACACAGUAAUUAGACGUAGACUUAGUCUUCCACUCAAAGGACAAGCAUUCAAUCCCGUUGUGCAAAAUUAUGUAGAACAUUUGAAAUGGAGUGGGGAAAUUGGAAAUAAUAUCAAUGUUGAGACGAUCGGUCGGUUCGCCAGAUCUCACUUGCAGCCAAGGGACACAGAGCUAACUUCCAAAGAUUUGAACAAUGUCAGAAAGUGUAUGAGCACCAGCAAACAGGAUUACCAGAGAGAUUACGGGAAUUUUUUUGGAGGUGACCAAGGGAGAUUACAAAAUAUUCGAAGAACCCAUCAUAAAUAUCUGAAUGACAAAAAACUUAUGAUAGAGGUAGGAGGGAACUGGGGCUGGGAUGCCGGGAACUUCACACAGCUCUAUAACAUGAACUAUAUCAUUUUGGAGCCAUUGAAGCGAUACACAGAUAUUCUGGGAAAAAAGUUUAAAGGAAAUGAGAAAGUCUGUGUUUACAAUAUAGGACUUGGGUCUAAAACGGAAAGAGUCAUGGUAAACCUAGAGGGAAAUAAUGCGUGCGCAACGACGAAGUUCUCCAAGAAGAAUGGAACCAUUCCUAUCUAUAUUGUUAAUGUCAUAGACUUCUUAACAGAUCUAGGAGUUGGAGUUUACGAACUUGAUCUACUGACAAUGAAUUGUGAAGGCUGUGAGUAUGAAGUACUAGAGACACUAGUGCGAUCCAACGUUAUUGAGAAAAUUCGCAACAUCCAGUGGGCAACCCAUACUAAGAUUAGCAUCGACGACCCGUGGCGGCGUUACUGUCGCAUUCAGGAACUCCUUAAACGAACACAUCGGCCAACAUACCAGUACAAGUUUAACUGGGAGAACUGGAGACGGAAUAAUGUUACUUAA